GGCGACGCUGAUGGCGGCAGUGAGCCCCCCCCUUCCAUCUCCCUUAAAGGCACCAAAGGCCAGGAAUAGACGUUGCGAAGGCGAGCGGUGCCUUGGACGCCUUCCCGAGGCAGCAUGGACUUGGCUUACAUCUGCGAGUGGGAGAAAAGGCCCAAAAGCAACCACUGCCCUUCAAUCCCACUGGUUUGUGCUUGGUCCUGCAGGAACCUGAUUGCCUUCACGACAGACCUCAAAAAUGAAGAGGAAAAAGAUCUCACCCACAUGGUCCAUAUCAUCGACACAGAGCAUCCGUGGGACGUUUAUUCCAUUAACUCUGGGCACGCUGAAAUCAUCACCUGCUUAGAAUGGGAUCAGUCAGGCUCCAGGCUCCUGUCAGCAGAUGCGGACGGACACAUCAAGUGUUGGAGCAUGACGGAUCACCUGGCCAACAGCUGGGAGAACACGGUGGGCAGCAUGGUAGAAGGAGAUCCAGUCGUGGCCCUUUCGUGGUUGCACAAUGGGGUGAAGCUGGCCCUGCAUGUGGAAAAGUCCGGAGCAUCCAACUUUGGAGAGAAGUUCUCUCGAGUCAAGUUCUCUCCGUCGCUGACGCUGUUUGGGGGGAAGCCCAUGGAAGGCUGGAUUGCCGUGACCAUCAGCGGCCUGGUGACAGUCUCCCUCCUGAAGCCCAACGGGCAGGUGCUGACGUCCACGGAGAGCCUGUGCCGUCUGCGAUGCCGCGUGGCCCUGGCAGACAUUGCCUUCACGGGUGGGGGGAACAUCGUGGUGGCCACGUCGGAUGGGAGCAGCACCUCCCCUGUGCAGUUCUACAAGGUGUGCGUCAGCGUGGUGAACGAGAAGUGCAAGAUCGACACCGAGAUCCUGCCCUCCCUCUUCAUGCGCUGUACCACCGACCCUGCCCGCAAGGACAAGUAUCCGGCCAUCACGCACCUCAAAUUCCUGGCCCGGGACAUGUCGGAGCAGGUACUGCUUUGUGCCUCCAACCAAAACACCAGCAUCGUGGAGUGCUGGUCUCUGCGGAAAGAGGGCUUACCAGUCAAUAACAUCUUCCAGCAGAUCUCUCCUGUGGUCGGCGACAAGCAGCCCAUGAUCCUGAAAUGGCGGAUUCUCUCGGCCACCAACGAUUUGGACCGUGUUUCUGCAGUGGCUCUCCCUAAACUGCCCAUCUCCUUAACCAACACUGAUCUGAAAGUGGCCAAUGACACCAAAUUCUUCCCUGGAUUGGGGCUCGCGUUGGCCUUCCACGAUGGCAGCGUCCACAUCGUGCAUCGCCUGUCCCUGCAGACCAUGGCCGUGUUCUACGGGUCCUCCUCCCAACGCCCAGUGGACGAGCAGACUAUCAAAAGGCAGCGGACGGCUGGUCCUUUGGUCCACUUCAAAGCCAUGCAGCUCUCAUGGACUUCCCUGGCUCUGGUUGGCAUCGACAAUCAUGGCAAGCUGAGCAUGCUCCGGAUCAUUCCCUCCAUGGGCCACGCACUGGACAUGAACAUGUCCCUCCGGCACCUGCUCUUCCUGCUGGAGUACUGCAUGGUGACGGGCUAUGACUGGUGGGACAUCCUGCUUCAUGUGCAGCCCAGCAUGGUGCAGAACCUGGUGGAGAAGUUACACGAGGAGUACAUGCGCCAGAAUGCCGCCCUGCAGCAGGUCCUCUCCACACGGAUUGUUGCCAUGAAGGCCUCUCUUUGCAAGCUGUCCUCCAGCACAGUGGCUCGCGUGUGUGACUACCACGCUAAGCUCUUCCUCAUUGCCAUCAGCUGCACCUUGAAGUCACUGCUGCGCCCGCACUUCCUGAACACUCCUGACAAGAGCCCUGGGGACAGGCUCACCGAGAUCUGCUCCAAGAUCACAGACAUAGACAUUGACAAAGUGAUGAUUAACCUGAAGACAGAGGAGUUUGUGCUGGAGAUGACCACCCUGCAGUCCCUGCAGCAGCUCAUCCAGUGGGUGGGAGACUUCGUGCUCUACCUGCUAGCUAGCCUUCCUAACCAGGGCUCCCCGGUGCGCCCAGGGCACAGCUUCCUGCGGGAUGGCGCAGCAUUGGGUAUGCUCCGAGAGCUCAUGGUGGUGAUCCGCAUCUGGGGCCUGCUGAAGCCAAGCUGCCUCCCUGUCUACACAGCGACCUCAGACACCCAGGACAGCAUGUCCCUCCUCUUCAGGCUGCUGACCAAGCUCUGGCUCUGCUGCCGUGACGAAAAUCACCCGACCGAGCCGGACGAUACCUUGAUUGACGAGUGUUGCCUGCUUCCCAGCCAGUUGCUCAUCCCUAAUAUUGACUGGCUGCCCAUCAAUGACGGCAUCAUCAGCAAGCUGCAGAACAAGCAGCUGGUCAGGCUGCAGUUUGGGAAAGCCCCCGGGCUCAUCGGCUACACGGUGUCUUCGCAGUUCGAUGCCUUUGUCAGGGCACCGGGACAACCCAAAAUCGACCACCUGCGCCGGCUGCACUUGGGGGCAUACCCCACUGAGGAGUGCAAGUCCUGCACCCGGUGCGGCUGCGUGACCAUGCUGAAAUCGCCCAACAAAACCACAGCGGUGAAACAGUGGGAACAACGGUGGAUCAAAAACUGUCUGUGCGGGGGGCUGUGGAGGCGGAUGCCCCUCAGCUAUUUCUGACAGCACCUCCUGCAAGGCAGCAGCACACACUAGGAAGGGGAAAGGCAGCCAAGAGCAGGCUCAGAAACCUCUCAGGGCUGGGGCCGGAAGAGAUCUCUGGAACCCGGAGAUCGCGUGCAUUGCCCUUCGUUAUCAGCCGAAGAGAUGAGACGCAGCUUUUAGGCCCUCCUUUGUUUUCCCUGAAUUCAUUUUACUUCCCUGCACUUCUGUGCUCCAAGGUGAAAGGAAACGAGGGUUUUGAACAGGACAAGCAGUCUUGCCAGAAGGUUUUAUGCUACCUCGUCUGGUCUUGACGGCAUCAGAGAGCACGGGAAGUCAGCCACCGUGGAACCAGCAGCUCCUUUGUACAUAGCUUCUCUUAAAUUUUGUACCAAAUGCCUCAGUAAACGUCUUUGCAAAA